ACAUAUAGAUGUGUAUUUCGUUGAAAUAUGAUGAUGUGUAAGUACACACAGUUACGCACAUAAUGUAUACAUAGACACCGACCUGUAGGUGUACAGAUACACCGGUUCCCCCACACACACACACGGCCUGGACGACAGGCUGGAGCACAAUUUGCGGCCAGAGUUGUGUACAUAUAUUUGCGCACCUGGUCAGCAUGACAGCAAGUCGGAUAGAAGAUGGUCAGGGCACGUGCAACCCCCCACGCGUGAUCUGUUCAAGCUAGUUUUCGUGUCCGUGUCCGCCGCCAUCAUGCCGCCAGAGGGCCGCGCGUUCGCCAGCAAUUCCUGGCGCCUCCCGACCAAAUAUCCGUACAUGCGCGCCUCCUUUCGUUCCUGUGCUGUCUGUCGAAUAUAUGGGCGACGCAAAAAAGGGUAGUCUGCGGACACAGUCGCGCGCAAGCUUACCGCGCAAGCUCGCACGUAAGCGCCCUCUUCUCUACGCGGCGUGCCACGCUGGCGACCCGCGUGAGCCGCGGCGUCAGUUCUGUAUGUUCUCCUGCGUCUGACCGGCUUGUUUUCGUCGUUCACGCGGCCAUCCUCCCAUCCAGCGCCUCCAGAAGAUCCCGCCUCCGCACGCGCAUGUUGUGCAGCGGCAGGACGUGCAAGCCCCUCGGCGACCACACAGGCGAGCACCUGAACCUCACCGGCCCACUGGCCCCGUGGGUGGAGCAGGUGUGCGCGGGAAACGGGAGCCUAGACGACUGUCACCUCAGCAUGUGCUGCAGGGACCCUGGCAUGCAGUGCUACCAGCAGGUGGGGAAGAUCGCCAAGUGCCGCGCCUCGUGCGAGAAGGGGGUCAACCCCACGGAACGGGACAGCAUGCCGUGGACCUGCAGCGAGCUGGGCCCUCGGACACCAGGCCCAGUCCCCAUCCCGACGACCGACAGGGCGGAUUGGGUGGACAGCGCCUGCUCAGAGGCAGGCACGAAUUGCUUCAAGACUGGCUGCUGCAAGGGCGCGGGCCUGAGGUGCUACCUGCAGGACCUGGAGAGCGGCCAGGCCGGCUGCCGAGCGUCCUGCGAGCCGGGGCGCCACGUGACGGAGGAGAGCCCGCUGCCCUGGAACUGCACGGCGCUGGGCGGGCGCACGCCGGGCGAGGCGCCGGAGGAGCCCGAGGCCGAGAGGGCGGCGGGCUGGGUCAAGGAGCUGUGCGCCAAGAGCGGCGAGAACUGCACGGCGUCGGCGUGUUGCGCCGAGCCGGGGCAGCGGUGCUACGUCAAGGACGCCGAUCCGGGCACAGGACAAGUGCUCUGGGCGGCGUGCAAGUCCGAGUGCAGGACGGGCCCCGACAUCUUCGACGUGGACAGCAACUUCUGGAUCUGCGAUCCGCUCGGCCCCGUCACCCCGGGCGAGCCGCAGGUCUUCAAGCAGGAAGUCGCCGACUGGGUCGAGCACAAGUGCUCCGGCGGCGGGGAGAGCUGCGAGAAGACCAGGUGCUGCAAGGAGCCGGGCACGCAGUGCUACGUGAAGAUGGAAGGCUGGGCGACGUGCAAGGCGACGUGCGAUGCGGGCUCCAACUACUUCGACCUGAACCCGGACCCGUGGUCCUGCAAGGAGCUGGGGCCCCGGACGCCAGGGACGGCGGCGGAGAUGUCCCAGCCGGAGGCCGCGUGGGUGGGCGAGAAGUGCUCGGCGACAGGCGAGGAGAACUGCCUGCGGACCGCAUGCUGCAAGGACGACGGUAUGCAGUGCUACGCUAAGAACCUCACCUUCGGCCACUGCAUGCAGUCAUGCAGCCCCACCAAGGGCAUCGCGAACGAGAAUGGCGUGGAGGAGCUGUGGACCUGCGACGAGGUCGGGCUCCGCCACCCGGGCAGGCCGCCCUGCGUCGAGGACGGGGAGGAUUGCCGCUACUCCAAGUGCUGCAAGAGCAGGGGGAAGAUGUGCUUCGAGAAGGACGAGUUCUGGGGCGAGUGUUCGGACACGUGCGACCCUGACUCGCGGGACGGGUGGAGCUGCAAGGCCCUCGGAGAGAGGCACUACGGGCGCGAGCUGGGCUGCUCCUGGGCCGGCGCGGACUGCGGCCUCACGAAGCUUUGUUGCGAGGCUGGCAUGAAUUGCUACAUGAAAGACGAGUACUUUGCAGGUUGCGCGAAAGAUCCUCCGGAGGACUGGGUCGGCACCUGGCUGGGCGGGCCCAGGACGAAGUCGGGCAUAGUGGACAUCAACGGCAGCGCGGGCAGCAACUCAAUCCAGCCCGUCCCGGGCCAGUCCGCUGGCACCAGGCUGUACUGCUUCAUCGUCAUCAUGCAGGGCACGUACGAGGAGGAGCUCUUGCGGGUCAUGAAGGAGCUCGACUCAAGCGUCUUCCAGUGCGAUGAGAACGACGUCCUGGAUGGACGCAGGGCCGAGAUGGAGUUCUGGGGGUCGGUGUCGAAUUCCGAUAUCUUCGUCGACAUCUGGAAGGAGGUGAUUGGCAAGAACAGGUUUCAGCUUGCCGACUGGACAGUGAAGGUGGAUCCGGACGCGGUCUUCUUCCCGCACAGGCUGCAGAUGCUGAUCGUAGAGUUGAUGCCGCCGCCUGGGGAGCCGAUCUACUUGAAGAACACACUCAGGUUCAACGGUUUCCUGGGCGCCAUCGAGGUCUUCUCCACCGCCGCGUCACAGAUCAUGGCGAUGAAGCUUGCCUUGUGUCACACUAGGCCAUUGAUGGCCUCCGAUCCUGAGGCACCUCCUGCCCUUGACUCGGGGUGCGCGGCUGGCAACGGCGCGGCCUGGGAGCGAGACAAGCGCCGUCACGUAGCUGGCCAGGGUCAGCUCGGCGAUGACGGCGUCGAGGACGCAGCCACCGACGACGGCCCGGGGUUGUUGGACGAGUACAUCAUCGGCUCGUUGACUGCCCCCGCGGGCACCAGGAUCGAGACGAUAGGGUAUGGCGUGGCGACGAUCAAGCGCACGACGGGGACCAGCGCGAGAGACAUCGCCGCGGUGCAGGCACGGUUGAGGGCGCAGGAUGCCAGGCUGGAUGCGCUCGAGGCAGGUCGCCUCUCGGCGGCGAGUACGGCAGCUGCCGCUUAUCGCCCUGGUCAGAGGCCAGCCUCCGCCGCCAGCGGCCCGCCUGACCCGCGGGGCACCGACCUGCAGCAGCAGCAAGACGGAGCCGCCCCAUCCGUUGUUGGACCCGGUUUUCGGCAGAUGCGCGGGGCUGGGAAGAACACCAAGCACGUUGUGUUCGUGGCGGGCUUCCCUGGCACAUGGGACCAGGACGAGGUCGAGAGGCAUCUGCGCACCGAGCUGACAGAGACUUUGGAGCGCCAAGGCACUACGGAGGUGUACGGAGCGAGCUUCGCGGCCCGCAUCUUGCGCGAGUACGGCGCGGAACGCGGGCUGUGCACGGAGGAGACCAAGCUGCGCGCCUUCGACGCGGUUGGCCUUGUUGCGACGAACACCUUCUCGAAGGGGCAGCCUGGCCAGGCGACGUGCUUCUUCAACAAUCGCAAGGAGCCCCGACAGAUCGACUUCACGCUCGCCCACCGUGACUGGCUGCGCAAGACACAAUGCCAAGCACGAUUCAGCGACGCCACUGAGAGCGACCACCUACCCCUGCGGCCGCGCUGCCACGCAGUCUCCACGAUCGCCGCCGCCGAGGGCCACGCGAACUAUGAACCGACCGACGAGCUGGAGAGGCCACCGCGCAAGCCAGUCGCGCGGCAGGUGGACAACCACGAGGAAUACAGCUCGCGCAUCUGCGCGCCCCUGGAGUUCGGCUUCACGUCGCCCGAGCCGUCGACGCACUCCGAGGGCGACUUGAUGAAUGCCACAGACAGCUCGGCGAGACGAGGACGGCAGCGGGCAUUGCGUCACCGCAGCGAGGCUGCAGGCCGAGGGUUCGCGCUCUGCCUCGUCGCGGAGCCCAACGACCAGGGCGCGCCGCUGCUGGAGACCCGUGGCCAGAUGACGACGUCGCCGAGGGGCCCGCGCUUCGUUGGCGCGACGUGCCUCUCGUCGAACACGGGCGAGCUCUCCGCCAUCGUGGAGGCCCUCUUCUGGCUCCUGGGGCAGCGCCUGCAGCCCGCGCCUCUGGCGCGCGACCGCACGCGCAUCCUGAUCACCGCGGACUCCGCCUACGCCCGCGACCUGAUGCAGGAGUUCGAGGCCACCUGCGAGAUGCACUACCCCGCCAGCCGCGUCGCGCGCAAGCGCCGUCCGGACAGCGCCCGCAGCGAGGACGCGGGCGGCACCUUGCGCGCCCUCCUCCAGCCGCCGCCCGCCGCAGCCUGCUGCGACCGCGCGGGCAUCGCCACGCUGAGCGCCCCGGCGACCGCGGUCUCCUCGGCGGCCGCCGCGGCGGGCCACGCGCCGAAGCGAGGCCGGUGGAGACCGCCACAGGGAGACCCGCAGCUGCUGCAAUUUCAGGCGCUGGAGCGAGCCCGAGCCCAGGAGGGCGACCCUCGCUUCCGCCACCUGCCGGGGCCAGCGGAGGCCCGCGCCUUCUGCGCGAAGCAGUUCCAGGACCCGAACAGCGACGCGGCCCUGCCAGCAUGGCUGCGGAUCCUAUCUCGCCGCGGUCUGGAAGUCCCCGUGGAUGAGAUGGAGUGGUACCACAUAUCGGCACGCUUCGCGUCCGCAGCGUUCCGUUGCCGUGUAGAUCGCCCCGUAGGCGAGACAGCAGCAGAAUAUAUGAAGGCCGCGAUGGCCACAGUCUUGGAUGUCCGCACGCGCUACAAUAUCGAAGCCUGGCCCCAGACCUGCCUGGGCAGGACAGCCCCAGAGGCCGCACGGUUCGAGCAGAGUCCACAGUCGUCGGAGGGGGCCGGGUACAGCCCCAGGGCCGCCGCACUCGCUGCGCUCUCCGGCUGCGCGUGGCUCGCGGGCUGGCGCGGGCGGCGGGGCUUCGCAGCCGUUGGAGGCUGGCGGCUGAACCUGGGGCCUGGCCAGCACGUCCUGGUGUGGCACGAGGCGCAGUGGCGGAGGGGGCAGAUCCUGACGGCGGCGCCGGACGCGGUGCGCGUCCAGGUCGGCGAGGGCUGCGCGGACCACGGGCGGUGCUCGCCCGACAUCCAGCCCGUGAUGGAGGACCGUGGCGUCUCUCUGUCUCAGCUGAGGCGAUUCUGGAGACAUUGCGAGGAGCACUGCAAGGGCGACGCGGGCCUGGUGUUCGACCCGUCCACGGGCAAGGAGAUCCCUUUGGAAAUGGCUCCGACCUGGCUCAUCGUAGAACUCUUCGUCAAGAACCUCACAUGCCAGGGGGAGCGACCUCUAGUGGAUGCAAUGGAGCGGCUGUGGCCAGAGAGCGGUGGCCCCUCCAGGGUCACCUACUUCGUGUCCCAUGCAUGGCGGUGUCCUUUUCACGAGGUGCUCGAGCAGCUUGAUGCCAUGGGCGGCGGCGGGGUGUUUUGGCUCGACUAUCUAGUGCCAGAACGGAACCCAGAGUGGAAGCCGAUCGGAACUCAAGAGCGAUCCUGA